UUACUGCAGCUCAUAAAUUGGCAAAACUGAAAGUUUCCUGGUUGGACCCUCUUUGAAUUCUUUACCUGUCUUCACCAAGAGAAGCGUAGGUCAUCACAUUGGCGGUUUAGAGCCACUUUUCAAGCUUGAUUUCCCUUUUACUUUGUUUUGCGGUAGCAAAAUUACCUAGCUUUUUUUUUUCCGGCUAAAAACGACAACGGUCGCUUCCAUAUAGCAAAAAUGUCAGAAUCAAUUCUUUUAGAUGAGAUUUUCACUGUAACUUCUGUUGACAAGCAAAAAUAUCAAAGAGUUUCUCGAAUUACUGGCACGUCUGCGCAAAAUGAUAUGGGCCUUACUCUUGAUAUCAACUCUCAGCUUUACCCAUUGGAACAAGAUGCUACAUUUAGUUUGCAGUUAGCUAGUAAUCUGAAUAGUCAAGAGUUGAAAGACGCCGCUGACUAUAUCAUGUACGGCAAGGUAUACCGGGUUGAAGAAGCAAAGGACGAUAAAAUCUCUGUAUUUAUCAGCUUUGGCGGCCUUCUCAUGUCUAUUGAAGGCUCUCAUCGUAAACUGUAUCGUUUAUCUUUAGAGCAUGUUUAUUUACUUUUGAGAAGGUAGAAUUGAGUGGGUUGUAUAAUCUUGUCAAAAAUAAAUAAUUUUGGA